AUGGCUCUGCCCGUAAGCUUGACAGCAGCCGCAGACCAUCACUCAGGACAAUCGUCGGACCUCGACAUAUGCAACCCGAAGAUCGUUCAUCGCAAUCGUCUCCCAGCCCGUUCGUACUGGAUACCAGAAAAGUCCCUUCUCUUGAAUGGCACUUGGGGUUUUGUCUACUCACCAACCCCCAAGCAUGCGCCUCAUCCUACCUUAUACUCCGACGGCCUCAGCAGCCUCGUGGAUGCCCUGACGGUUGAUGGGAAUGAAGGUCAGACUGCAGACAUCAAAUGGUCCUCUAUCACUGUUCCAGGACACUGGCAGCUUCAGGGCUAUGGCAAACCUCAUUACACCAACACAGUCUACCCCUUCCCAGUAUGCCCACCUUUUGUGCCUACAGAGAACCCUACAGGAACCUAUCGCAGGAACUUUUUCGUUCCUUCCUCCUGGUCUGAGGAUUCUCAGAUUCGACUUCGUUUCGAUGGUGUCGAUAGCGCAUACCAUGUUUACCUCAACGGACAGAAGGUUGGCUAUUCUCAAGGCUCGAGAAAUCCAGCCGAGUUUGACAUCACCGAAUUCGUAAACCGUGGGGAGGAUGUUAAUCGUCUGAUUGUCACUGUUUACCAAUGGUCUGAUGGCUCCUAUAUUGAGGACCAGGAUCAGUGGUGGCUUUCAGGCAUCUUCCGCGAUGUACAUCUGGAAUGUUUCCCAAGUAAAGUACGCAUCGAAGACGUGUUCAUCAAGACAGAGCUGGAUGGUGACUACAAAGAUGCGAAGCUGCGCGUUGAAUUGAGCCUCACGAUACACGAGGCUACCGAAGCCAUGCUGUCUCUGCGGAGCCCGAAUGGCUCUUCCAUCAUCAAUGAGAAGAUACAGCUCUCUGCCGAUGAAGCGCUUAGCUCGCAUGUUUUCAACGUGUCGAACCCUGCCAAGUGGACUGCAGAGGCACCUCAUCUCUACACUUUCGAGAUCAGCCUACUGGGCCCAAAGUCUGACACCAUCCUCCAAACGGUCAAGCAGCGGGUUGGGUUCAGAUGUGUUGAGACCAUCAAAGGCAACAUUUGUGUCAACGGCAAGCCACUUCUACUGAGAGGCGUCAACCGUCAUGACCACCAUGCAUUGUUCGGUCGAGCCGUACCUUUGGCUUACAUGAGAAGAGAUCUGAUGAUCAUGAAGCAACACAACAUCAACGCUCUCCGCACUUCUCACUAUCCCGCAAACCCAAAGUUAUAUGAGCUUUGUGACGAACUCGGUCUCUGGGUCAUGGACGAAGCAGAUCUGGAAUGCCAUGGAUUCUACGAUGCUGUUGAAAGACCUCAGAAUCUGCCUCCAGACAUGGAUUAUGAGGAACGCAAAAAGUAUACCUUUGACAAGGCAGCCAAGUUCACCAGCGAUAACGAAGACUGGAAGAUCGCCUAUCUUGACCGCAUGGUGCAGAUGGUAGAGAGAGACAAGAAUCAUCCGUCAAUCAUCAUGUGGUCUCUCGGCAAUGAAGCUUUCUAUGGCCAGAAUCACGCUACCAUGUACGAGUGGGCCAAAUCUCGAGAUCCAGAGCGUCCGGUCCAUUACGAGGGAGACGUCAAUGCAAAAUCUGCCGACAUGUUCUCCUACAUGUAUCCUCCUAUCGAAAAACUUAUCGGUCACGCAACAGAAGAAGGUGAUGACUUCAAGAAGCCCAUCGUGCUCUGCGAAUACGGUCAUGCCAUGGGCAAUGGACCAGGUCUUCUGGAGGAUUACCAAGAAGCCUUCCGCAAAUAUCGCAGACUCCAGGGUGGCUACAUCUGGGAGUGGGCGAACCAUGGUCUUCUCAAGACCGAAGGUGACAAACAAUUCUAUGCCUAUGGCGGAGACUUCGGUGACGUGCCUAACGACGACACUUUCGUCAUGGAUGGGCUUUUGUUCAGCGAUCAUACCCCAACUCCGGGCCUGACAGAACUGAAGAAAGUCAUUGCUCCUGUCCGAGCUUGGAUUGAGGAUAAGAAGUUGGUUGUCAGGAACGAGUUCGAAUUCAUCUCCCUGGGCCACUUGAUCUCUGACUUCAAGGUUGAGGUGCUUGGCAUCCGACCUGAUCGUGUACUGUCUGGACCCAUCCAGCUACCUCACAUUGAGCCUGGUACGGAAGUCAAGAUUGAUCUACCUGAAGAGAUUUUCAAAAUCCAACGUCCCAAUGGAACAGAGGUGUGGUUGACUGUAGACUUCCGUCUCGGUGUCGCGACUCCAUGGGCCGAGGCUGGUCACUCGAUCACAUGGGUACAGGAACAGCUCUCUGCCAAGGACGACGACCAUAGCUACGGUAUCGAGAGGCCCAUCAUGUCGAGUGCCAUCACCGCCAACGAAACUCAACUCCACUACCGCUUCGUUGGCUGUGAUUUCCACUUCAACUUCUCCCGAGCCAGAGGAACACUCGUCGAGUGGAUAUACGGUGGCAGAUCAGUGCUCAAGAAGCGCGAAGCACCAGAUGACCCCCUGCUGGCCCUAGACUUCUGGCGCGCACCAACCGACAACGAUGCCGCCUCUAUGAGCAAAGAAUGGAAACGCUACGGCCUUGACGCCAUGACACCCCAGCUCCGUAGUCUCACGCUCGAAGAAAAUGGACCCGACAAAGCUCGCCUGACUGCUGUCUACUACUACAGCCCUCCAGUGCUAGCCUGGGGUUUCCUCGCAAAAGUUACCUACGAGAUCUCCUCCGCAGGUCAACUAUCCAUAAGAGUCCACCUCGCUCCUCAAGGCCACGCUCCCAGCACACUGCCCAGAGUAGGCUUGAACAUCCAACUCGACUCUUCCUUCCAACAAGCAACCUGGUACGGCGCCGGUCCCGGUGAAUCCUACUCGGAUAAAGCAACCUCCCAACAACUAGGCAUCUGGAACUCGACCAUCGCAGCCUUGCAAACCCCCUACGAGGUUCCCCAGGAAAACGGCAACCGCAUCUCCACACGCUGGGUCAAAGUCCUCAACGAGCAAGGCUUGGGAAUCAAAGCAACAUAUCUCCCAGGACCAAAGGAAAAGGAGUUCUUUCAAUGGGCAUGUUGCUUGCAUGAUGCUAAGGAGUUGGAAAGAGCCAGACAUCCUUGCGAUUUGGUCAAGAGGGAAAGUCCGCUGUGGAGGUUGGAUGCUGAUAACGCUGGCGUGGGGACUGCAGCUUGUGGGCCGGGUGUCAAGGAGGUGGAUCAGGUCGAGUGUAGAGAGAGGGAGUUCACGUUUGUUUUGGAGCCUGCUAUAGAUUUCUAG